AUGACGGGCCAACAAGAACGUAUUUUUACAAUGAUUAAUACUGACACUGAUAUAUACAUUGCUUAUCUACCACUGGCUCAUAUUCUUGAGCUUUGUUGCGAAAUUCUUGUUUAUUUUAUGGGUAUUAAAUGUGGUUACUCGUCUCCACAAACAUUGACUGAUCAAUCAACAGCUAUAAAACAAGGUCAAAAAGGAGAUUUACAAGUUCUUAGACCACAUAUUAUGUGUUGUGUACCGACAAUUCUGGAUCGUAUACACAAAACUGUAAAUGAAAAGAUUAAUCAAUCAAAUUUUUUUCGACGUCAAUUAUUUCAUAUGGCAUAUAAAAUAAAAGUAAAGCGUUUAGAAGAAGGUCUUGAUAGCCCAUAUUUAAAUAAAUUAAUCUUUACUCGUAUGAAUGAGAUGGUACUAGGAGGUCGAGUAAAAACAAUGAUGUGUGGUGGUGCUGUUUUAAGUGGAGAAACUCAACGAUUUGUUCAAGCAGCAUUAUGUGUUACACUUUUUCAAGGUUAUGGUUUGACAGAAACGUGUGCCGCUGCCACUAUUGCUGAUCAAUUUGAUACAACUGUUGGUCGAGCUGGAUAUCCACUUGUUUCAUGUGAAAUUCGUUUAGUUAAUUGGGAGGAAGGACAUUAUCAUAAUACGGAUGAACCACAUCCUAGAGGAGAAAUUCUUAUUGGAGGAAAAGUUGUAGCUGAAGGUUAUUUUGCUGGUGCAUCAAAAGAAAAUAUCAAUUUUAUAGAAAUUGAUGGUACAAGAUAUUUUUGUACUGGUGAUAUUGGAGAAAUGUUUUCUGAUGGAACGCUAAAAAUCAUCGACCGAAAAAAAGAUUUAGUAAAAUUACGUGGUGGUGAAUAUGUUUCAUUAACAAAAGUUGAAAUGGCAAUACAUAAAUUUCCAAUAGUUGAAAAUUGCUGUUUAUGUGCAUCAGCAUCAGCUGAAUAUACCGUUGUAUUAAUUUGUCCAAAUCCGAAACAACUGACUAUUUAUUCAGAGAAAAAUUUCGGUGAAAAAGAAUGGCAAAAAUUAGUUGAUAAUGAAGAGUUUAAUGAACAAAUUCUUAAAGAUGUUCAAGAUGCAUGUAAAAAAGGUGGUAUUGAAAGAUUUGAAACUCCUCAACGUGUUAAAAUAGUAACUGAAGCUUGGAUACCUGAAACUGGUCUAGUUACUGAUGCAUUUAAAUUAAAACGAAAAGCAAUUGAACAAAAAUAUCAAGAUGUCAUUGAAGAUCUUUAUAUUGAUAAGCCAAAGAAAGAAUCAUCGAAACGGAUAAAAAAGUCUCGUGUUGCACCCGAACAAUAA